AUAUAUAUGAGCAUGAUGGAGGGCUUCGAUUUUGAGGGUAAUACGAUGAAGGCCGAGCAAAGCAGCAGUUUCCCCAUCUCCCUCUUGCUUAAAAUCGGAGGGCGGUCACCCGACUGGAGGCCCGGGUCUUCUCAGGGACCCAAUUAUUUUGAAAUUGAUCUGGACAUUCAUCGCUUCAGUUACAUAGCAAGAAAGGGACUCGAAGCAUUCCGAGAGCGGCUAGCUACCGGAAUAUUGGAUCUCGGCCUAACAAUUCAGGUACCCGAAAAUCUUCUACGUGCAACUGAUGCUUUCUUGAUGAAUGCAGCUAUCAAUACUUGUGAAGUUUCUAUCUAAUGAUUAAUUGCACGAAAAUUCACCACUUAUUUUAUGCUAUUUGCAAAUUGGAAACGAUUUUAAAGAAAAACUGGGGAUGUUGUAAUCGUUGAAAGCUGGAGAUCGGAUUUAAUCUCGUCUCUAACAAACAGGCACAGAAGCCAGAAGAGCUACCUGAG